UGGACCCGUAUUGCUACUACGUGACGUGAUUGAGAAUACAUUGUCUUAUCUCCACACUACAAAACUGUUGUCAUGAUGGACCAUGAGCCAAAAAACGCUGCUCCAACCCAAAUAUACAUUACACAGAAGCGAAAUAGGCCCGCAUCUGAACAGGAAUGUCGAGAAAGAAAACGCGCCGUUGACCGCCAGGCUCAAAGGUCCCUUCGAGAGAAGACUAAGAUACACAUUGCUAAGCUUGAGCGCACAAUAGAGAUAUUACGGAACAAGGAUCGUAAUGACACAACAGCUACUCUCUUGUCUGAGAUUGAUGCCUUACGAGCAGAGAAUGAGCAGCUCAAGCACACCAUCGAGAGCGUGAAGAGCCUUGUUGGAAUCAAUGUGGUUUCGCAAGACAUCCUGCCAGCCAAACCUGGCCCUGGCACGGAAGACGCAAACUAUUCGCCAACAGUAGCAGCAGUCGGCCACAAUCUACCUGAGCCGCCUACCACUUCUAUUGAUCGUGACCCGCAGCCGUCGCCACUUCCUGAUAUGAACCAGUCAACUUCCAUCGAACGUACGACUUCUGAAGAUGAGCAGAAGUGGUUUGACCAACCGGAAUUCCCUGACCAGACAGACUUUUUUCAGCCAUCACCUUCCCCUAAUGGCCCGACCGUGAUCAAUCAAUCCACAACGACGGUAAUCGAUCUUGACGGCAUGACCAUAACACCAGAUCCAGACGAGCUAGCCGCCCCAGAUACCAACAGAGAGCUAACCCACAGUCCGGGACUCCAACUUCCACCCACAUUUGCGCCAAAGAAGCAUGCUGAAGAGACACUCCAAGAGCUAUUAGAAGCAGCUCCAUUUUCAUCAAUGAUGCAAGAGAUCAUGGGCGCAAAGAUGUUCCUAUCCCUCCCCCACCAUUCUCCACAUCGACCGCCUUCUCCAAGUGUCACGCUGUCCAAAUAAUAAGACACGAACAAGACGGAUUUUGGAUCAGAAUCUUGACUUGCCGCUGCUCCUGCAUCAGUCUACUAGAAUGGAUAUAUAUACAUAUAUAACUAACUAUAUAGUUACAUAUUAUAUACAGAGGUCUGCACUUUUGCAAACUAAGACAAGUCGAUGGACGGACAUUUUCGCCACGGAGUAUGGACACAAAGGAUUUAAGCCUCGCAAGGUAUGCGGUUCACCUUGGUUUCUUGUAGACCUAAGAACCCAUUAUGCGGGUGAUAUAAGGGAG